CAUAGCCAAGCUCAUUAUAUAUAAGACCCCCACUGGUUUCCAAAAACUGUUCAGCAUAGCAGAAUUGCCCAUCUGAGUAGAACUGAUAAUAAUAUUCUUUUCUUCUUCCCUUGUACCUUCUUAUAAUAUUAUCGUACAUAAUUAAACAAAGAAUAUGGAUGGGAAGAAACUGGAGUACAAAGGUGAAGCGGCCUUGAAGGAGAUUGAGAGGCUGACAUCAGAGGCUGAUAAAGUUCAGGAGGAAAUUCUGAAAGAGAUCUUGACAAGAAACUGCGAAACUGAGUAUCUGAGUAAGUAUAUUGACAAGGGAACAAAAGAUAUUUCACAGUUUAAGAAGCGUGUCCCAGUUAUUACUUACAAGGAUAUUCAGCCUUAUAUUGAAAGAAUUUGCAAUGGUGAAGAGUCCUCCCUCAUUACUGGCCACCCAAUAACUGAAAUGUUAUGCAGCUCUGGGACAUCAGCUGGGGAGCCUAAGAUGAUGCCGUCGAUCGCCGAAGAUCUCGACCGUCGAACCUUUCUAUAUAACCUCAUCAUGCCAAUCAUCAACCAGUAUGUCCCUGGACUCGAUGAGGGCAAGGCAAUGUUCCUCUACUUUGUCAAGGCCGAGAUGUCGACGCCAUGCGGCUUACCGGCCCGAGCCGUCCUGACCAGCUACUACAAGAGCAAGCACUUCAAGUGCCGAGCCCAGGACGCCUUCAACAGCUACACAAGCCCGGACCAAGCGAUCCUCUGCUACGACAGCAACCAAAGCAUGUACUGCCAGCUCCUGGCGGGUCUCGUCCACCGUCACCAAGUCCUCCGCCUCGGCGCAGUCUUUGCCUCCGCUCUCCUCCGCGCGAUCUCCUUCCUGGAGCGCAACUGGGCCAGCCUAUGCAACGACAUCCGGACGGGGCAACUCGACCCCUCCAUCAUAACCGACCACGAGUGUCGUUUAGCCAUGUCCAGCGUCGUUUCUUUCCCCGACCCGUGUUUGGCCGACGAGAUCGAGGAGAUUUGCUGUCGCUCAUCGUGGAAGGGCAUCUUAUGCAGGCUUUGGCCAAGGGCAAAGUACAUAGAGGCGGUCAUAACCGGGUCAAUGGCUCAGUACAUACCGGCUUUGGAGUACUACAGUGAAGGGAAACUGCCGUUGGUGUGUACAAUGUAUGCUUCGUCAGAGUGUUACUUUGGGGUUAACUUGAAGCCCUUGUGUGACCCUGCUGACGUGGCGUUCACCCUUUUGCCGAAUAUGUGUUACUUUGAGUUCAUACCUUUGGGAGAGAAUGGGACGCUUUUGAUGGACAUUGCUGAGGAGGAGGAGGUGCCUGUUGAUAAGCUUGUUGAUUUGGUUCAUGUCAGGCGUGGCUGUUAUUAUGAAUUGGUCGUCACCACCUUUGCCGGUCUAAACCGGUAUCGAAUUGGGGACGUGCUACAAGUGAUGAGUUUUCACAACAAAGCGCCACAAUUCCGCUUCAUCUGCAGAAGAAACGUCCUCCUCAGCAUCGACAACGACAAGACCAACGAGGAGGACCUCCACAAGAGCGUCUCCGCCGCCAAGAAGCUUCUCGAACCCCACAAUGCCCUCCUCGUCGAGUACACCAGCUACGCCGAUACCUCCCGCGUCCCUGGACACUACGUCCUCUACUGGGAACUCCUCCACCACGGCCCACCAUCACCAUUUUCACAGCUACUUUGGCUAAACGACGCUAGUCACGUGCUCGAAGAGUGUUGCAUCGCCGUCGAGGAGGAGCUCGACUACAUCUACCGGCGUUGCCGGACCAACGACAAGUCGGUGGGGCCGCUGGAGAUCCGUGUGGUGAAGCCAGGGACGUUUGAGGUGCUCAUGGACUUGUGCAUAAGCCAAGGGGGCUCCAUUAAUCAGUACAAGACUCCAAGGUGUAUCAAGUCGGAUACGGUGCUUAAGCUUCUUGAUUCUAACGUCAAGGCUUGUUUCUUCAGCCCUAGGGAUCCCAAGUGGAUUCCUUGAUUGACAAUUUAAGGACGUGAUCGGUCAAAUCUUCAUGAUAACUUUAUGAUAAUAAAUUGUUGAUCAGAAG